CUAUCGCUUACUGACGGUUCGUCUGAUCUAAUGUGUUCUGUGAUCUCAGCAUGGAUGGUUCCCGCGUUGCUCAUCGAUUCAAGACAAGAUACUGAACCAGGCGAACGCGAACGCAUGAGUAUACGCUUAGCAACUCCCCGUCCUUUCAUGCUAUGAGAUCACCGUCUGUGUUCAUUCAAUCCUUUCUGACAUGAGCACUGAACACAGCUACCUCGCUGUUGGGAAGCAGAAGAGGGAGCAGAGGGCAAGCAAGAUUCCAGGGGCAUGGAGACUGGAUGCGAAGGCGACAUUUGGCCAGAAUGUGCUCGAUGUGCCAUCAACAUGUGGUGUGCUUACCUCGAGGGAACUGGAAAUUACAGGCACCAAUGACGCUCUCGACAUAAUGCGGAAGAUCCGAGACGAGAGCUAUACUGCCGAGGAAGUGACCAGAGCAUUUUGUAAACGGGCUGCAGUAGCACAGCAAGUAACAAAUUGCCUUACCGAAAUCUUCUUCGAUGAAGCCAUUGCUCGUGCGCAAGAACUCGACAGAGAUCGUGCCGCCAAUCCAGAACAGCCACUUCGACCGCUUCACGGCCUCCCGAUCUCUCUCAAGGACAGUUUCAGGAUUCCGGGAUAUGAUUCCACCACCGGACUGAUCUGCUGGACCAACCAGCCAGAUACAGAGUAUUCCGCACUUCCAGUCCUCCUUUUAGACCUUGGAGCUGUACUCUAUUGCAAGACAAAUGUUCCACAGACCAUGAUGACGGCAGACUCCGACAACAACGUCUUCGGCAGGACGCUGAACCCAGCCAACGCGAAAUUGACAGCGGGAGGCUCAACCGGUGGCGAGGGAGCGCUGAUCGCCAUGAGAGGAAGUGUCCUAGGCGUCGGUACAGAUAUUGCAGGCAGCAUCCGCAUUCCAAGUGUGUGCAAUGGGAUCUAUGGUUUCCGCCCUAGUUCUGGCAUCAUUCCGGAGGGAGGGCAAAAAGACCCAGCGCCUUCGGGUCUGCCAGGUAUACUGCCCGUAGCAGGCCCCUUGGCAUCUUCCCUUCGAAGUGCCACGUACUUCACGAAAGUCAUCAUGCAGGCUGAGCCCUGGCGUUAUGAUCCUUCCUGCAACCACAUCCAUUGGAAAGGCGCACCCGUACACGACAAGAUCCGUGUUGGGCUGUUCAGCGAUGAUGGGCUUUAUACGCCGUGGCCUCCGAUACGAAGGACCAUCAAGGAAGUCGCGGCAAGACUCGAGCAAGCGAACUACGAGAUUGUUCCUCUGCGCCUUCCUCAUGUGCAGGAAGCAUUGAAUAUAGCGCACCGAAUGUACGCCCUUGAUGGCUGCAAGUACGUUCAAGCUCUCUUGAAAGCCGGCGGCGAACCUCCAGUCGAAAGUGUAAGCAGGAUCAACCUCGCCGGUAUCCCAUCGGCUACUCUCGAGGAGUUUGUCUCUUGGAACACCACCCGCAGUCGUAUAGAGCAUGUGUACCACAAGCUAUGGCUCGACAACAAGCUGGAUGCUAUGCUGCUCCCAGGAGCCCCGACCACAGCGACGCCAUUCGAUACAUGGGGCCCUAUCACCUAUACUGCUUUGUGGAAUUUGCUGGAUUAUCCCGCCAUUAUCAUUCCGACAGGCAAAGUCCAUUCGGAGGACGUGGCUGAUGCGAUUGAGAAUGCCAAAUAUGGCGAGGCAGAUGAGAAGAAUUACAAGUUGUAUACAGGGCCGCAAGACUUCGUCGAUGCUCCGCUGGCAGUCCAAGUCGUAGGAAUGCGACAAGAAGACGAAUCUCUGCUCCAGAUCGCCGGAUCCAUCGACGCCAUCCUCAACAACAGACCGCAAUUGAGUGGCUAG